UUAUACAGAGGAAAUGUAUGGUUUAAGUAAAAUAUCUAAAUUAUACAGAUUAAAUGUGGACUAAUAGAAAGCCUGCACCCCAGGGUGCUGCUAGCCCCCAGGAACUGGUGGCCAGGUUAGGGGGCUCCAGGGUCAUCACUAAGAUCCUGAUCGCAAACAACGGGAUCGGAGCUGUCAAGUGCAUCAGAGACAUCAAGAAGUGGAGUUAUGAAAACUUCAGGAAUGAACGUGUUAUCAAGUUUGUGGUGAUGGUUACCCCUGAAGAUAUGAAGGCAAAUGCUGAAUACAUCAAACUGGCGGACUACACGGUGUCCGUCCCCGGGGGAUCCAACAACAAUAACUUUGCUAACGUCGAGUGCAUCAUUGACAUUGCUAAAAGGUAAAGUGUCCAUUAUGGUU